AUGGUGCCAGCGCUGCUGCUGCUCCCUGCCCUGGCUGGCCUCUUCGCAGCAGCUGAGGGACAAGCCUUCCAUCUUGGGAAAUGCCCCAAUCCUCCGGUGCAAGAGAAUUUUGACAUGAAUAAGUAUCUUGGAAGAUGGUAUGAAAUUGAGAAGAUCCCAGUAAGCUUUGAGAAGGGAAGUUGCAUCCAAGCCAACUACUCACUAAAGGAAAAUGGAAACGUCAAAGUGAUAAACAAGGAGCUGAGAGCUGAUGGAACUGUGAAUCAAAUUGAAGGUGAAGCCACCCAGGAGAACAUCACAGAGCCCGCCAAGCUGGGAGUUAAGUUUUUCUGGUUCAUGCCAUCAGCUCCAUACUGGGUCCUGGCCACCGACUAUGAGAACUACGCCCUCGUGUACUCCUGUACCACAAUCAUCUGGCUUUUUCACAUGGAUCAUGUUUGGAUCUUGGGAAGAAACCCUUAUCUCCCUCCAGAAACAGUGACCUAUCUCAAAGAUAUCCUGACCUCUAAUAACAUUGAAGUUGAGAAAAUGACGAUCACAGAUCAGGUGAACUGUCCCGAGUACAUGUAA